AAGAUAAAAAUAAUAUCGACAAUAAUACGGGAGAUUUAUCAGUUAAUGUACUUGCUGAUUGCUUUGAAAGAUUUCAGAAUAUUAUAUCAAAAAUUCCUGCACUGAAAAAUGCGCCAUCCCAAAUUGCAUCUUAUUUAUACCACAAAGAUUUCCUAACUUUCAUCUCUUCUAAUAAUGGAAACGCCGAAAACCUUAACAUUAUCAACCUUUUAUUACUUCGACGUUUGGGUAAAAAAUUGGUCCUAAAUCCUAUAAGACUUCAUACGUAUUGGUGGGCAAAAUCAGAUAUAAUAUUAACAGAAUUGCAAUUAGUUAAGCUUUGUCCUUCAAUUAUAAACGAAUUAGAAAAUGAUAUAAGUGACAAUUUUGAGGCUUUUACAAAGAAUCUCCCGGAAAUAGCUUCUCAGUUAACACUGGAUCGUGUUCGUACGAUAAGUAACAAUACACAAUUUGAACAAUGGCAGCUUGAGGCCUCUCAGAUACUUAUUCUUUGUUCUGAACUCUCAACGGGUCCUUUAUCUCUCUCUCUUCAACUUUUAAAUAUAUGCAAUGAUCUCGUUUCAAAGCAAAUAAUUUCUUAUAACCAUCUCUUGACGGUUAUUAACAUUGGACGUAACAAUGGUAUUUCGGAUAAACAGUUCAUUGAUUACAUUUUUGACUUCUUUAACACAAAAGGCACAUAUUUGAAUACCGUUGCAAGGCAAAACUUUGCGUUACGAAUUUUAGACAUUAUUCCUCUUGAAUCGCCUACUCGCUUGCGUCUUUAUGAAAGGUUGUUUGAACAAGCUCAGCCAUUACCAUUUACAGCCUUUAUAGUACUUUGCAUAUUUCGUUUAGAAGAAAAAGAACCAUUCUCAGCUAUAAUCAGGAAUGCAAAUAAAGUAUUGGAUUUCUCACCAAGACUCAACGUAAUAAAUAAACAAUUAGAAAAGAACUCGUGUGAUUCGCAACUAGCAGCAUUAUUCAGCGAUGUUAUUCAAAAAGAAAUUUUUUCUAAUGUAGGAUUUGAUAAACUUAAAGGAUUAUUCAAAGACGCUUGCAAAGCUUUGUGUUCUCCUAAUGUUAAACCAUUACAGCUUGUUUGUGCUAUAGCUCUAUUAAAACAAUUUAUAAAUAGAUUUUGGCCAACAACUUUAGAAAAUGUUUUGCAUGAGUCGUUCGAUUUUAAUUUUAUACAUUCAAACAAAUUCAUGGUUGAACUGAAUGAUUUGAUGCAGAGUCGACACCCACAAGUUCAAUCACUCAAGUUCUAUUUCCUCAAGAAUUUGCGAGCUCGUGGUUUAUCAAUGAAUGAACUUAAACAAUUUUAUAAUCUCCAGAAAGAAACUCUACCAUGGCUAUCUGAUUUACCAUGGAAUAAAGAUAACGAUUCUCGAUUACCUUUUAAUCCCUACUCUUUGCUUGAUGAAUAUGAAGAUGCGGAUGAUUCUUUGAGCGGAUCUCAGUUAAAUAGUUUGUUGAUGAAACUUUCAUCAACUAGCAAUUCUAAUUUACGAAUUGCAUUUGUCGGGGUUAUUGUAGAACGUUUUCUUUCAAUUAAUGCAGUGCGCAACUUGAAUGAAAAUGAAAACGAGAUGAUUACUGAUUUAAGAUUAUUUUUGGAAUCGAUUAAUUUAUCGCCAGCCUAUAGACAGCUCACAAUAAGACUUUUAGCUAAUGAUCAUCCUAUUUUAGGAAUUCAUCCAAAGAUUAACAAUAAAAAUUUAUUAAUUCGUUUGGUUAUUAUUCAUACGCUUGCAGUUCAUGCAUCACUUCCAUCUAAUUAUUCACCAUUAACAAUGUACCUUCACAAACUUCAAGAUGUUGACAAUACUUAUAUACUUACUUGUCCAUCGGAUGAGGAAGCAAUAUUAAUGAGUGCUCUUAAGGGAUUUACAUGGUACCUAUGUGUUUGUGGAUUUAAAUAUGUCGUUGGUGAAUGUGGUGGAACUAUGCAAUCUCGAAGAUGCCCAAAAUGCGGUACAACAAUUGGUGGAGAACAUCAUAAAGCAGCAGAGGGUCAAACAAGAUUAAGCCCAGGCGAUGUUCAAAAUGUCAUCACUAAUAGUGAUAAAAGAGGCUAUAUAAUGGAAUCAGGCUCAUUAGAUCAAAGCAAAAGCGUUCGUGAAAUGACUUCUUCUUCAUACAGGAUUUUGCAUCUUCUCAUGCAUGCUCUCAUUGCCGUCUCCCCGUAUUCUCAAACGUUCCUUAAAAAUAUUUCUGACCCUAUUGCACAUUGUAUGGAUCAUAUCAAUAAAGAUUGGGAUGUAUUAAAGACUACAUUAAACUGUAACGAUGAGGAUUUAGCUUUAAUAAUACAUGACAUACUUCAUUCGAUGUCUGAAGAUAAACAAUUUUCAACUCCUACAUUAUCAACAACGCAAGCACGAAUGACUUGGGAAGGUCGAUUUACCACACGAUAUGUUAACAAUCGGGCUAGAAAUCCUGCAGCUGCCUCAAUGGACAUGCGUAAUAAACUCCAAAAAGCAAAAGACGAGAGGAAGAAAAAAACCACAGUUUUUGAAGCAGAGAUAAAUGAAACUUUGGUAUUUGAUGAUAGUUAUAGCGCAAAACGAUUGCCUAAACUAUGGAGACAUAUUAGGAAUGCAAGUCUUGCCGACUUUCGUGUAUUUUACUUAAAUAAUGAAAACUUUUGCAAACAUUUUCCAUUUAUCUCAAUCUACUUCAAAUACGAGAAACUUAUACCACACCUGAAACAUAUAUAUCACUUAGUUAAAUUUUCACGUAUACUUUCCAUGCGACUUAACUAUCGCAUUAAACGAAAUGAUGCAUUAAAUAUGACAUUCCGUAAGUUCAUUGCCGAACAUGGAGAACUUCAACAUUCUCUUAAAGCAGCAUUUGAUAAUUUUGCAGAAUCCUGGAAUGCCAUGAUGCCACUCAUAGAAAGAUAUCAAUGUCAUGAUUUACCUACAAAUAAGCCCAUAAUGAAUUUGGAUUGUCAAAUUGUUUUUGGUCUUGUAGAAGGAAAGGAUGCCGGCCUAUUUUUAUGUGCGGCGUUGGAAUAUCUAGUCGAUAUUCAAAACAGAUUCCUACGCGAUGUUAUGAGUAUUAAACUUGGAACGUGCCAUUCAUUGAAAUUUAUUGAGAAUCAAAAAGGAUCGGACGCAAAUAAUCCAUAUCUCAUCAAAUCUGUACGACUUGAAGAUGCUAGACAAGCUAAUCUUAUAGACUAUGAAUGGAAUCCAAAAUUGUUAAAAUAUAGUCAAUGCCUUCUUGAUGUUGGUAAAGGCAAGGAGAUUAUUUAUGAUCUUUAUAAAAUUGAAGAAGAGCUUGUUAAGGAUCUAGUGUUCAACAAAACAUAUUUAGAACCCUCUGAGCCAGGUGGACUCAUCUUAGAACCAUUCUAUUAUUGCAUGGAAAUGUUUCAAUGUUCCACAACAAUAUUGUAUGAUAUUAAACAAAAAAUUAAACAGGAAUCUAUACCACAAAGUAUGUUAGCAUUACUUACUGGUGGAAUUUCAUCAAACUAUCCUUCUGAAUUUAGCAAUAACGCCGGAAAU